AUGCGCUCCGACAUUCGCGAUGCCGCCGCCAUGUUGCCCGACCAUGGUGACCUGUUGUUCGGCGCGACGAUGCGCCCCUGGAGCUUCUGCGGAAUGAGGGAGGGCGCGGACCCGCUCACCGCCCCGCGCUUGCCCUCUCUCUCUCUGACGGGGGUUGGGGAGUGCGCCCUGGCGAGGCCCGCGGCGGCUUGGACGCCCGCGGAGGCCCUCGGAGAUCCGGGCCGGGCGGCGGGGCGCCUCGGCGGAGACAGGGCAGCGCUCGGCUCCCAGAGACCUACGGGCUCUCUAGGGCCCGGGCAGGCCCGGGCUGCCGAGCCGGCUGCCCCCGCCGCCGCCCGCACCGGGGGCGGCGAGCUCCAGGCCCGCGGAGGAGGCCCCCGCGGCGGGCAGCGCCGCGGCCUCCGCGGAGGCGCGGGAGGCGCGCAUCCACGAGCUGCUCGAGGCCUCGCAGCGGCACCUGCCGGCCGGGGCCGACAGAGAGAGGAGCCGGAAGUACGUCCCGCGGAACCCGUACGUGCACGCGGACACGGGAGGCCAGGCGGCCUACCCCGUCAACCCGAC